CCUCCCGGCAACCAGGAACCGGGAGGAGCUCCAAGCUACAUUAGCAGAGGAAGAAGAGGAGUCGGCGGAGGGAGUCGGAGGGAAUGAUCGGGACAUCCCAAAGUCUCCGAACUCCAUCACUUCCCGGGAGGGCCUAGCUCCGCCACACUUUCGCCAACUCCCACGGUGGAUGUGACGUUAGCUAAGGGCGGGACAGGAAGCGGAAGCGCUCGCAACCUUGUCCGGAAAUCGUGCAGUUCUGUCUUCCGAUCCUGGGCCCACGUGAGGAUACCCCCUGCUUUCCAUUAUGAAGGUUUCUGAAAAGAGCAGACUUCGGGUAGUGAACCAUGAGGACGAAGUGCUGGGUUUACUUACAGACUGCGAGCUGAGUACUAGGAAAGAUGAGGGUAACAAAAACUGCAACAAAUACAACGGUGAAAUUGGCAGAGAAAUGGACGGCGAAAUUGACGGAGAAGUUAAUGGAGAAGUGGACGGCGAAAUGGACGGCGAAAUGGACGGAGUUGACGACGAAGGUGACCACAACAAUGAUGAGAGGAAACAUCAAAAGCUCCUGAAUGUUAUUUGUGGCCUUGGUGGAAGGAAGAGGCUGAAGUUGGCCGAGCGGUCAGAGGCCAGUCUGCAGGUGUCGGAGUUCAGCGUCAGCACUGAAGGGACAGGGGAGAAGCUGGAACUCUCAGAACUGCUGGCACCCAUCAAGGUUUCCUCCUCACUGGGCAGCGUGAAGAAGCGGCUGAAGAACGUCAAAAACAAGAAGACUGUGGAGUUACCCCUUAGCAAAGAGGAAAAUGAACGGGUCCUCAGGGAAGCUGCCUACAACAAAAUUUCCCAAGACAUGGACAAGUGGGAGCCAAUAGUCAUGAAGAACCGAGGAGCAGCACAGCUAGUCUUUCCUCUGGAGCAGGAGCGAGUGCUAGAUGUUCCUAUCGAGGAGGUGAUUGAAGGCUGGAAGGUUUCAACUCCUCUGGAAAAGGAAAUUUUUAGCCUCCUCCACAAGAACAAGCAGCCUGUGACCAACACUGUCUUGACACCGGAGGAAAAGGCCUCCUUGAAAGCCAUGAGUCUGGAGGAGGCCAAACAGCGCCGAGCAGAGCUCCAAAAAGCCCGCGCCCUACAAUCCUACUAUGAGGCCAGGGCUCGAAGAGAGAAGAAAGUCAAAAGCAAAAGGUUUCACAAAAUGCUAAAGAAAAAAAAAAACAAAGAAGUUCUGAAACAGUUUGAAGAACUGCGUAAGAUCAAUCCCACUGCAGCCUUGGAACAGCUGCAAAAAAUCGAAAACGCCAGAAUACAGGAACGAAUGACCCUCAAGCACCAGAACAGCGGCAAAUGGGCCAAGUCAAAGGCUAUUAUGGCCAAAUACGACCUGGAGGCCCGUAAGGCAAUGCAGGAGCAGUUGACCAAGAACAAAGAACUGACCCAGAAACUCGAGGUGCCUUCUGAGAGUGAGCACGAUGAAGACGAGGAGGAAGACGCCGGGCUCAUCCCCGCCAUCGUGAACGAAGUGCAGCUGAGCAUCGACGGACCAAACCCCUGGAUGCAAAAGCAGCGUCUGAAUCACGUCAAGAACUCUCCCACCCAGAAGAAGCCUGUUGCCAACGAAGCAGCCGAGUCCGAGGAGGAAGAAGAGGCCACGGCAGAAGACGAGCUGCUCCUGCGAGAAGUGGAAGAGAGGCGGGCCUUUUGGAAGAGCUCAAAGGUCGAACAGGGGUUGCAAAACCACACCAUGACCACGAUGACAGUGCCUGAGAAGACAAAGGAAGAUGAGGAGCUGUUAGUUCAUCUGAGGGAUCUCUCUAAGCAACUAAAGCAGAAGGCCAAGAAGAUAAGGCAAAAUGGAGAACAGCCUGAGAGCCCGCCUUCAGCCACCCGCAGUAAGCCAAGCGUCCAGAGGGAAGAGCGGGCCUUGCUAAACGAGAGGCCGGCCAGGAUGGUGGAGGAGGACCUGGAGGCUUUGGACGCUGAAGAAGUUGGCCAAGAACCCGAGCUCCGGAAGCCGGUGCUGGAAAGGCACUCUAACCAAAAGAAUCCUCAGAAGACAAAUGAGCCCGUGACUGACCUGCACACCAUCAUCAGUGUGAAGCCUCACAUUGCAAACUCCUUUUUAUCAAUCCCUACCAUUGUAGAACAGGAGGACUGUGACGAGGACAUAAUCCAAAAGCAGCUCAUAAAGGAGGCCUUUGCUGGGGACGAUGUCAUCGCCGACUUUCAGAGGGAGAAACGAGAAGCCGAGAAAGCAAGCGAACCAAAAGAUAUCGACCUGUGCCUGCCAGGCUGGGGACAGUGGGGUGGUGCGGGCCUGGCGAUCAGUGCCAGGAAGAGACGCCGGUUUCUCAUCAAAGCCCCUAAAGCUUCUCCAAGAAAAGACAAGUCCUUGCCAAAUGUAGUCAUCACCGAGAAGCGGAACGUCCAUGCUGCAGCCCACCAGGUUAAUGUGCUUCCAUUCCCGUUCACCCACCCAAAUGAGUUUGAACAUACCAUCAAGACGCCAGUGGGAACCACAUGGAACACACAGAGGGCCUUCCAGAAGCUGACUGCUCCCCAGGUGGUGACCAAGCCGGGCCACAUCAUCGAACCCAUUAAGGAGAGUAAUGUUGAGUCCUCUCCUUCCCACUCCAAUCUUCCAAAUCUGCAGAAGAAAGGACAUCAGUACCUUAACCAUUUGAAGAGAGAGCCGGUGAAAGAUGCUUAAAUCCUACUGCUCGACCCAAGCCCAGGAGAACUUGGUACUCAUUCCCUGGGACUCUGGAAACAGUACCCUGGAUAGUGACGAUAGCUCCUUCUGGAAAUAAAACAAACCCUGCAACUCACUGGAGCUCAGUGUGUCCCGUCAUUCUCCAGUCAACUCCCUUCUACCUUUACCAUCAGACAGAUCUGCUCAAGGUCUUCCAACUCCUGCUCUCUACCGGGAGCUCAUCAGGUGGCCGAAUAGGGACCAAGUGGGGCAAGAAAAAUCAAGAACGCAAAGCAGAUUUAAUAAUAUCUUCCAUCCAUCUGGACGGCAUUGAACUGUUGACAGCAUUUUUAUAGCCAUUCUCUGACUCAGUAGAGGAGGGGGAGAGGUUUCAGUAAAAGCACCCCCGUAGUCUAGACAGCUUAUUCACGCCAUGGCUAACUUUGGGCAAUUCCCUUCCUCUCUCUAAAUUUCAUGUACCGCAUUGGAAAAUGAAGGGGUUCCUAACCUGGGGUGUACGUGAAUGUGGUGGGAAAUGCAUGUCAAUAUGACAGUUUCCCUGUGUACAUCUGGAAACGUUCUGAGAAGGGAUCCACGGGCUUUAUUGGAAUGCUAAUGGGGCUCAUGACACCUCAAAAAGUCCACCCCGGUAGUAGCUGAGCCCUAAGGACUCUGAACCCUAAUGUUCUAGGAAUCGGAAACAGACCCAGGGGAAGGUAAUUGCCCCAAGCGGCACGGUCAGGGCUAAACCUCGGCCCCGAACUUGGCACCGGUUCCUCCCGUUUCCACUUCAGUUCUCCAGUGCGGUUUUAGAGGAACUCCAGGUUUUAUCGUCCGGUUCGUCUAAACUCUUGGAGGUGUGUGAAGUGGAUGCCCCCAAGGGCUGAGGCUAGUCCUAGAACCUUGUGACGCUGAAGCACUUCUCUCUAGAUCUUCCAAAAGGAAACAACCCUCUGCAGAUCUCUUUCCUGUCGGAGGAGCGCUCUGAAUUUUAUGAUAUUUUCUAUCCCUGGGGCAUUAUUGAGAGUGGGGUGUCCCCCACUCUCAACGAGGCAGCUCUCUUUCUUAACACGAAUGCUUGCUUUCCAUACUUGGGUUUGGGAUUGACAAUUAUGUUGAGGACCAGAGCUUCUGAGAAGCUGGGCAGACUUGUGUCUUACUAUAAAUUCUUUUAUGAAUGACCACUGAGGGAUGGCCUUGAAGGGUACACACAGGCCUUUUGCUAUGUCUCCUGCAAAUGAAGAGUCCCUCAUAGUUGAGGAGCCCUGGUAUACGAGUAAGGGAGGUGGGGACAGUUCCUACGUCGCACAAUGUUUCACAAUGUCUGCUAGGUGAAACCUGUUCCAAACCAGAGGAAACAGUUUCUGGUGCCAACUUUAAACAGCAAAAUCUACCUUGUCUCCAGAGGAUGUGGGACAGAUUAUUGCUGCAUAUAGUCUACUCCAAAAGGCUCUUUCUACUGAGUGUACCUACCUCCCCUCCAGCAACCUUAAUUAAGCACUUACUGUGUGCCAGCACUGGGAAUCCAUCGGAAAAAAACAGCAAAUUCAGCUCCAAACUUUGUAUUCAGCCACUGGUCUGUGCCACUCUAACUCCACUUUCUCUGGUCUCUUCCACCAAUCUGGCCUCCUCCCCCCAAAAGAGACGACUCCUACAUUAGUCCAGUGGGUGUUGAUGUCUACAUUUUCCUUUGAUCCACAUCUGCGAUUCCAUCAGCACGAGGAAAACCCACUUCUCUGAUGCCGAUUACAACUCUUCUACAAAUCCUGAUCUGAAAGUGGCUUAGGUCACUGAAGUAGAUGACGGCGCAACAUAAUCAAAGCCAGGACUUCACCCCACGUCUUCCUGAUUUUCAAAGCCCUCCUCCGAUAAGGAUUGCUGCAUCUCCAUUUAUCCAUUUGUGACUUCACGGUCUGUUCCAAGUGCUGUGUGAUGCCGCCCUCGUUUGUCCCUUAACGAAGUAUGUCCCAGGACAGUGGCAAGGAAAGUGGUUAUGAAGUCGGGAUCUCACAUUCGAAUCCCAUUUCUGGUAUUUACUACUUGUGUGAUCCUGGGCGAGUCACUUUCCUAGUCCACAUCUCAGUUUUGUGAUUUGUAUAACGGAGGGAUUGGAAUAAAUGAUCCUUUAAGGUG